AUGCCGAAAAAAGCUGCGUCUGUCGCCACGACCGGCGGGUCACUGCGGAUAUGGACGGUCUCUGGGCAAGAAAUCGCCGCAGUGAAUCCGGAGGAUUUUGAGGACGCCCGGGCUCUGAAGAAGCACCUGGAGCCGCUCUGCAAGGUGCCGAGAUUCAGGCAGCGGCUGACCCGGAAGGGCGACGUCCUGAAAGACGAUGCAAGUCUGGAGUCCAUCAGCAAGCUGCAGCUGGUCCUCCUUCCCUUCAUCAAGGCCAGCCAGAAGGAAGUGGACACUUUCGUGGAGGUGGCGGCCAAGGGGCAGGUGGACGAAGCCGAGCGGAUGCUUCAGCUGCCACAAAACCCAGACAAAGUUGAGAAGUCAGGUGUCGCUACCCCACUGCUCGAAGCGUGUCGCUUGGGCCAUGUGGAGAUGGUCCGUCUCCUGCUCGAGGCGGGGGCGAACAAGAAUUUGGGCCUCGUCAAUGGCACGCCGCUGGCAAUAGCAUCGAGACAAGGCCACCAAGAGGUCGUGCGUAUUCUCCUCAAGGCCAGCGCCUGGGUAGACGAAGCUUCGGCUGGGUAUCCGCCCCUUUUUCUGGCCGCCGCCGCCAACCAGGCGCCAGUGGUUAGACAGCUUCUGAAGGCACGCGCAGACAAAGAUCUGAGAACCGCGAACGGCAAUGCCCUCGGUGCUGCGUCGAGCAUGGGCCAUGCCGACGUGGUGCGUGCGCUGAUUGACGCAGGCGCCGUGAAGCCAAAGGGCCUCACAGAUACAAACAUGCUCUUCGUCGUGGCUUUCAAAGGCCACCUCGAUGUCAUGCGAAUUCUGAUUGAAAACCGGAUCGAGAGGGACCGGCCGGUACACAAGAGAGAUCACCUUGCGAUGACGACCACUCUCUUUGCCAACGGCAACCGCCUCUUCGCGAUGUGGAUUGUCAUGCCAGCUUGCACCCUUGGCUCAAUGUCCGAAGAUCCCACGAGCUGGAAGAAGCCACUCCUGGUAGGUUGCGUCAUACUCAGCAUCGUGGCCCUGUACUAUCUUGGCGGCGAUGAAAUGAAACGGGAGAUUCGCGGCAAGUGGUCGGCCUUCUUCGAGUGGAAGUACCUCUGUCUCUGCUACAUCCGGCAUUACAUCAUGAAGUAUAAGUAG